GAGAGCCACCGUACCGAGACACAUUGGAGCUGGAAUACAGUCAUUUAGAACUCGAUUAUGUCUAGAUUUCUACUUAAUUUAUCAAAGACAAGGUUAUUUAUUUUCCAGCGUGAGGUCUACAGUUAUAUUUAUUCAUGCUGUCACGGUAGCAUUUCGUCUUAGACAGAUAGAUAGACAGAUAGCCUCAUAAACCUAUUUAUUAUUGCACUGCCAACCCUUGUUCCUUUCCUGUGUCAAUGAUUGUCCUACCCUCACUCUCAUGGCGGAGACUAAAAUAAUAUAUCACAUUGACGAGGAGGAGACUCCUUAUCUAGUGAAAUUAUCCGUUUCUCCUGAGAAAGUCACUUUAGCGGAUUUUAAAAAUGUCCUUAACAAUCGUCCGGUCAAUAGCUACAAAUUCUUUUUCAAAUCCAUGGACCAGGAUUUUGGGGUUGUCAAAGAGGAGAUUUCCGAUGACAACGCCAAGUUGCCCUGCUUCAACGGGAGAGUGGUGUCCUGGCUGGUCCUGGCAGAGAGCUCCCACUCUGAUGGGGGGUCCCAGUGUACAGAGAGCCACCCAGAGCUGCCACCCCCCCUGGAGAGGACAGGGGGCAUCGGUGACUCCCGCCCACCCUCCUUCCAUGCCAACGCAGUAAGCAGUCGGGAUGGCCUGGACACGGAGACGGGUACAGAGUCCCUCCUGAGCCACCGUAGGGAGAGGGAGAGAGAACGCGCACGGAGGAGAGCACGAGAGACUGAAAUCCCUCGUAUCAAUGGCCACUCUAAGUCGGAGCGCACAGUGAGGGACUCUGCCAUGGGCUACGACAGCGCCUCAGUGAUGAGCAGUGAACUGGAGUCCAGCUCCUUCGUCGACAGUGAGGAGGAUGAGGACGCCAGCAGACUCAGCAGCUCCACAGAGCAGAGCUCGUCUUCUCAGCUAAUGCGCAGACACAAACGCCGCCGACGGAGGCACAAAGUGGCCAAAAUAGACCGGUCUUCGUCCUUCAGCAGCAUCACAGAUUCCACUAUGAGCCUCAACAUCAUCACUGUCACACUCAACAUGGAGAAGUAUAACUUCCUGGGUAUCAGUAUUGUGGGGCAGAGUAACGACCGGGGGGACGGCGGGAUCUACAUCGGCUCCAUCAUGAAGGGAGGAGCUGUAGCUGCAGACGGCAGGAUAGAACCUGGAGAUAUGCUCCUACAGGUGAACGAUGUGAACUUUGAGAACAUGAGCAACGAUGACGCUGUGAGGAUCCUGAGAGAGAUCGUCUCCAAAACAGGUCCUAUUAGUCUUACUGUGGCCAAGUGUUGGGAUCCGUCUCCGCGAAGCUACUUCACCAUCCCCCGGGCUGAACCAGUGAGGCCCAUCGACCCUGCUGCCUGGAUCUCCCACACAACCGCCCUGACCGGACCCUACCCACACUACGAAUUUGACGACUUGCCGCUAUCUGCGAGUAAGACGGACAUGGCAACCAUCGUCAAGGUGAUGCAGCUACCUGACUCUGGUCUGGAGAUCCGGGACAGGAUGUGGUUGAAGAUCACCAUCACCAACGCUGUCAUCGGUGCUGACGUGGUGGACUGGCUCUACUCCAGGGUGGAGGGCUUCAAGGACAGGAGAGAUGCCAGGAAGUAUGGCAGCAGUCUGCUGAAACAUGGCUACCUGAGACACACCGUCAACAAGAUCACCUUCUCAGAGCAGUGCUACUACACCUUUGGAGACCUCUGCCAAAACAUGGCGUCUCUCAACCUGAAUGAGGGUUCCAGUGGUGGGGGCUCUGAGCAGGACACCCUGGCCCCCCUCCCUCCCCCUGCCACCAACCCAUGGCCCCUGGGGGGCCAGCCGUUCCCCUGCCCUCCCUUCCCCUCCGCCCCUCCAGGCUUCCCACCAGGCUACUCAGACCCCUGCCACAGUUUCCACAGUGGGAGUGCAGGCAGCCACAACAGUGAGGGAAGCAGAAGCACUGGAUCCAACCCCAGCGCAGGGACAGGGAAGGUCCCUGACCAAAACUCCUCCCCACAAGUGAAGGGUCACAGGUCCACAUGCAGUGAAACCGAGCCAAUGGGCAUCCGAGGAGCGAGGCGCCCUUGCGAUAAGUCCGCCAGCCAGCAGAGUCAUCACAGUCAUCACAGCAGCCAUGCCCACUCAAGUCACAGCCACGCCCGCUCUGGUUUCAGUCACGCUCAGUCUCACAGGAGUCACUGUCACUCACAGAACAGCCACACCCACAGCCACACAUCCUUCAUCUACAAACACGCCCCUUUCACCAAGCCUGGGCCCGGCUCGUGUGGCCACAGCGAGCGAAGCCACGCCUCUUCCUACGGCCCCCCCGGCCUGCCCCCCCCAUACUGCCUGUCCCGGCUGGCCUCUAAGACCUCCGUCAGCAGUAGCACCCCUCCCGGGGCUCCCCCGGUACGGGGGCUAGGAGCCGUCCCCCCUGAGCUCACGGCUAGCCGCCAGUCCUUCCAGCACGCUAUGGGCAAUCCCUGCGAGUUCUUUGUUGACAUCAUGUGACAGACAGGACAGUGCCUUUUAAAAACUUGCUGAGCACAAACAAGCCCCCCCGUCCUACCGCUCGUCCGUCCCACCUCACCUUCUCUUCUUUACCCCAUUUGCUACUGACUAUUCCUGAGUUGAGAAUGUAGAUGCUGGUCCCCUCCUUCCCCAUGCUAUCACAACGGCCCCUCGGAUGUCGGAGCAGGGGAGGACAGGAGACAAGAGCACAACAGAACUGAAGAGAGUCCUGCUAUCACAAAAACACACAGAGCCUCAGUGUCUGAUCAGAACCCCCAGCCAGCUCUUUUGUAUUGAUGUGACGUGAACAGUUUGUGAAAUCGAUGUGAGUGGUGUUCAAAGUGGUGAUCCUUGUGAGCUGCCACAGACAGUCCAGUCCCGAGAGCAUGUAGUACUCUAUGUGAAGUACAAGCACCUGCUGUUUGUUGAACCAGACGUCCAAGCCAACUGACUGGGUCUGGAUCUCAAUCCCCCAGACCCACCUGGACACAGAGCUCUGGAAGAGGGAAGCCUCACUGGAGGCUCUGGACUCUGAGUCAGCCUCCUAGAAUGUCGCCCUUGACACAAACUUCUACUAUUUGGCCAAUCAUACCAAAACUCCUGCUCUAACUGACUGACCUGCUAUCUUAUCCGGUCUGCAGGGGGACCGUGACAUAUUCUAACUAGUCAAAGCUAGCCUUGGCCUAUUUGACAGCCCUUGUAUUUGUCCAACUAAGAAAGGGACUGUAACCAGUUGUUAGUUUAAACUAUAGGCUGCUUAUCUUCAUGACUAUCUCAACUGCUUUAAAAGGAAAAAACGUAUUAAUUUUGUUAAAUAUUGAAAAUUGGGGCUUGGGCCUCUCGCCAAAGGUCUAAAGGAAGAAUCCAUACACUGGAGAAUGUUUGAUGUUAUUUAUGUGAUCAUGAUGUUGCAUUGACGGUCAGUGUCAUACCUUGUCUCGCUCUAUGGCUGACACACGUAGACACUCAGUCAGACAUCGUUUCCCUCUGUGACUCAGUGGCCAGUAUAUGACCACUGUCCUAGCUGUGCUUUGUCCAAUGCAUCAUUAUUAUUGCAGUCAAUUGACUCCUGACCGCCACAACAGACUCAUGUUGUGAACACAUUAGAUUUUUUACUGUUUCUACAUACACUAUAUAUGCAAAAGUAUGUGGACACCCCUUCAAAUUUGUGGAUUCGGCUAUUUCAGCCACACCCGUUGCUGACAGGUGUAUAAAAUCGAGC